CCAAAACCAGCACUGUGCCCUUGCCGCCUUCUUCUAUAUCAGUUUUCAGCCUCCUUUGCGGGAAUUCUCUGAAUUGUGCUGAAGGGUUGCCAUUCAGCUUCGAGGUUUCUGGGCGCCUUUUGUUUUUACGAUCCUUGAUUCGCAGCAAUGGGAAGAGCAAAAAAAGCACCUAAAGUUGCUCGCAUGAAGAAGAUGGUCACUCAAAAAGCUAUUAAAAACUACAAGGAGCAAGUUUUGAACCCAAACAGGAAAGACCUGACCAAGGAAAAGCUCCCCAGAAACGUGCCGAAUGUUUCUUCUGCCCUUUUCUUUACACACAAUACCUCCUUGGGACCGCCUUAUCGUGUUUUGGUUGACACCAACUUCAUCAAUUUCUCCAUUCAGAACAAAUUGGACCUGGACAAGGGAAUGAUGGACUGCUUAUAUGCGAAAUGUACUCCUUGCAUCACAGAUUGUGUGAUGGCUGAGCUUGAAAAGUUGGGCACCAAAUACCGGGUGGCUCUGAGGAUUGCUAAGGAUCCUCGUUUUGAAAGAUUGCCGUGUAUUCAUAAAGGAACUUAUGCUGAUGACUGUAUUGUUGAGAGAGUUACACAGCACAAAUGCUUUAUUGUUGCUACAUGUGAUCGGGACUUGAAGCGAAGGAUUCGUAAGGUUCCUGGUGUGCCGAUCAUGUAUAUCACUCAGCACAAGUAUUCAAUAGAACGACUUCCUGAAGCAACUAUUGGUGGAGCUCCAAGAUUUUGACAUUAUAGUAGCAGUGGUCUCCGAAUUCUAUUUUGUACGAGAUGUCAGGCUUCAAGAUAGUUGAUCCUAUGUAGCAAGCACUACUCCCAGUGUUUCAUUUAUCUUUUUUCCUUUUUAACAUAGUGCAUGCCUUUGGUAGUUGAUUUUAAUGGGUGAUAGUAUGAGAGGUGUUUACAAUUCUAGCUUUUUUAAUGACAAUUGUAUCUGAGUUUGCUAAUGUCCCCACAUUCUUCAUCCACCUCUCAAAAACUCAUUUUAAUCUUCAGUAAAACAGGCUUAAUUAUUCUCCUUUC